CAGAGGGGGGAGGGGGACACAAACAAAAGUGACGAUGUAACCAGUUACCGGUGGCGGAGGUCGUAAGUAGUAAAACACUCUAUUUAAAGUCAGCUUUAAUGGGGGCAACACACUUCAUUCAUUGCUUUUGUUUCGAGUGGAAAAGCAUUACAUAAAAAAAGCAUUUUGCCCUCCCCUCUCCCUCUCCGUCUCCACCCAACACCAUUAUGGAAUCCACCGAAUUUGAACCUCUCUAACUCUUCUCUCUGAUUCUCCAAUUCUGUUUUCUUCUCCUCCCCUUAUAUAUAAGCAAAUAUCUGGCAAUUAGAAGAAUCAGAGAGUGUUGCUUUCGUUUGAUUGCAGUAAAUUUCAUGGAAUACUGGAACAGAAGAACUGUUGAAAUCAAGCCCAUCUCUUUAUUUUGUGUUGUUUGAGCGCUGUGAUUAUAACAAAUUGCGUAAGAAAGAGUUUGUAAUUGGGAGCUAGGUAGGGAGAAAGGGGGUUAAGGUUUAAUGUUAGAAAUGAGAUUUUUACUACUUAAUUCGACAGGGCCACCAAUAAAACGAAGAGCAGGUUUGAGGAUAAAACAAGCCGGACGAGGGUCUUAUCGGGGCAGUUAGUGAAGGGUUAUAGGGAU